AUGAACCAAAUCCGCGCCAUCCAAGCCCUCAACAAGCGCGAGAUCGAAGCCGGCAUCCCGCCCGAAGCCUCGUGGCACGUCGACUACCGCGACACCGCCUUCGUGUACUUUGGCGGCCUGCCCUACGACUUGUCGGAGGGCGACGUGAUCACCAUCUUCAGCCAGUUCGGCGAGCCGGUGUUCCUCAAACUAGUGCGUGACAAGGAGACUGGCAAAUCGAAGGGUUUCGGCUGGUUGAAGUACGAGGACCAGCGCAGCACCGAUCUGGCCGUCGAUAAUCUGGGAGGAGCAGAGAUUGGCGGGAGGUUGAUACGGGUCGAUCAUGCGCGCUACAAAAUGAGGGAUGAUGAGGAUCCGGAGGAGGGCAGGAUUGGGUGGGAGAAUAUGGUGCGGAAGGAAAGAGCGGAGAAGGGGCUGGGAUCUGAAGAUGAGACCGGCGAGGAUGAACAAGAUGAAGAAGAGGAGGAUAAGAAGACGAAGAGCAGGCCGAUGCUAAAGGAGGAAAAGGAGCUGCAGCUGCUUCUGGAGAAUCACGAUGAUGAUGAUCCCAUGAAGGAGUUCUUGAUUGAGGAGAAGAAGAAGGAGGUCGAGGAGGCGUUGAGGAGGGAAAAGAAGAGGGAGGAGAAGGAGAGGCACAGGUCUAGUCAUCACAGUCGGAGACACAGGCACCGUGAUGAUAGAGAUAAGGAUAAGGAUAAGGACAGGGAGAGGGACAAGGAGAGCCGCCAUCACCAUCGAUCACACCGGUCUCCGACCAGGAGAGUUGAAGACGACAACAGCGACAUCAAAGGCCGUGACCGCGACCGCGACAGCAAACGGAGUUGUGGUGACCGGUCUCUUUCUCGUUCUCGGUCUCGUGAUCGCAAAGACAGAGACAGAGACAGAGACAGAGACAGAGACAGAGACAGGGUCAGGGACAGGAGCAGAGACAGGAGCAGAGACAGACGCAAUCGUGACGGUGACUCUGCCGACCGAAAAAGGCCGAGGCCCGAGAGAGGAGAAACCUCACCUGCUGCUGCUGAAAAGAGGAGAAGACGCGACGACGUGGAUGGCGUGGAGAUGAAGGACGCAGCAGAUCGCGACGGUAGGCAGCCGCAGCGAGGUUCCUCUAGGGACAGAGACAGAAACCGGGACCGGUAUCGGGACCGGGAAAGGGACAGAGACGGAGGAGACAGGCACAGCAGCAAAAGAGACAACCGCGAACGCGAUCCCACAGAAGAUCGUGAGCGCCGUCGGCAUCGCGAUACCCGGGACCUGGAAGAUCGAACCAAGAGCAGCAGACACAGGAGCAGGAGUCCACGGCCGACAUCUAGAGGUUAG